AACGUACUUCCGUUUCUGAGUCUCUCUUGGCUAUGGGCCCACGGAACCGCGAGCGUCGGGCGGAAGCUGUUCAAAGCACCAACGACAGCAGCGCACUCAGCAAGAGUUCCCUAGCCGCGCGCGGGUACGUGCAGGACGCCUUUGCGGCGUUGCUGGUUCCGGGGGCCGCGCGCCGCGCGCCGCUCAUUCACCGAGGCUACUACGUCCGCGCACGCGCCGUCAGGCACUGCGUGCGCGCUUUCCUGGGGUGGGCGUGCACCUCCCCAGGCGCACCUCCAGCGCAGAUCUUGUCUCUUGGCGCCGGCUCGGAUUCGCUGUACUUUCGCCUCAAAGCUGCGGGCAGCCUGGCCGGGGCUGCGGUUUGGGAGGUGGAUUUUCCGGAGGUGGCGCGGCGCAAAGCAGAGAGGAUUGCAGAGACGCCGGAACUGUGUGCGUUGACCGGGUCUUUCCAGAGGGUCAAUCCCGCGUCAGCGCUGUACUUUGAGAGCGUGGAUUACCACAUCCUGGGCCUGGACCUGCGGCAGCUCCAGCGAUUGGACGAGGCCCUGGUCGCCGCGGGCCUUCAGGCCGCCUCACCCACUCUGCUCCUGGCUGAGGCCGUGCUGACCUACCUCGAGCCGGAUAGUGCUGGGGCCCUCAUCGCUUGGGCAGCCCAGCGUUUUCCUAAUGCCCUUUUCGUGGUCUACGAGCAGAUGAGGCCUCAAGACGCCUUCGGCCAGUUCAUGCUGCAGCAUUUUCGGCAGCUAAAUUCUCCCCUGCACGGCCUGGACCGCUUUCCUGACGUGGAGGCCCAGCGGUGUCGCUUCCUUCAAGCUGGCUGGACUGCCUGCAGUGCUGUGGACAUGAAUGAAUUCUAUCGCAGCUUUCUCCCCGCAGAAGAACGCCGGCGGAUGGAAAAUCUUGAACCCUUUGACGAGUUUGAGGAGUGGCAUCUGAAAUGCGCCCAUUAUUUCAUUUUGGCAGCUUCUAGGGGAGACACCCUCUCCCAAGCCCUGGUGUUUUCUUCCUCAGAGGCAUUUCCCCGUGUAAAUCCUGCUUCCCCUUCAGGGGUCUUCCCUGCCAGCGUAAUCACUAGUGACAGUCAGGGCCCAACCCUGAAGCGAUAUGGCCAUGCCUCUGUACUCUUGAGCCCGGACACUAUCGUCAGUGCAGGAGGUUUUGGAGAGCAGGAGGGACAGCACUGCCGAGUUACCAAGUUUCACUUGCUGUCAAGAGAUUGUGACUUUGAAUGGAAAAGCAGCCAAAUAUACAGCAAUAGGACUGGAGUUCAGUGGGAUGGACGCCUUUAUCACACCAUGACAAGACUUUCAGAUACUCAGGUUCUGGUUUUGGGAGGGAGACUGUCCCCAAUGAGUUCAGCCUUGGAGGUUCUACAACUUCAUUUUUGUAAGAGUAAGCAUAAUAGCACUGAAGACCUGAAUGUGACAGUGACAAAGACUGAUGCAAAAGAAGGUUUCACGUUGUCAUGUUGGAGGCAUUCAACAACCGAAGUGUCCUAUCAGAAUCAGAAAUAUUUGUUUGUAUACGGAGGUCGAAGUGUGAUAGAACCUGUACUAAGUGACUGGCAUUUCCUACAUGUAGGGUCAAUGGCUUGGGUCAGGAUACCAGUGGAGGGAAAAGCACCUGAAGCUCGGCAUUCCCACAGUGCCUGCAGUUGGCAAGGGGGAGCCCUAAUUGCUGGAGGUCUGGGGACUUCUGAGAAGCCAUUGAACUCUGUACUCUUUCUGAGACCGGUCUCUUGUGGAUUCUUCUGGGAGUCAAUAGACAUCCAGCCUACCAUUACCCCAAGGUACUCCCACACAGCUCAUGUGCUCAAUGGAAAGCUUCUACUGGUUGGAGGGGUCUGGAUUCAUUCCUCCUCAGUUCCUGGAGUGACUGUUGUCAAUUUGACUACUGGAUUAAGCUCUGAGUAUCAGAUUGACACAACAUGUGUGCCAUGGCCAUUAAUGUUACACAAUCAUACCAGUACCCUUCUUCCUGAGGAGCAAAAGCUCCUGCUCCUUGGAGGUGGUGGGAACUGCUUUUCCUUUGGCACCUACUUCAACCCCCAUACAGUGGCAUUAGAUCUUUCUUCCUUAAGUGUUGAGCAGAAAGAACUGGACUCUUAAUGUAUUUAGGAUCCACUAAAGUAGACAAUAAAGGUUUCCACAAACAAAA